AGAGCCAACACAAGUGUAUACAAAUAGGUACAAAGCACAGUGGAUUGUGGUGCGAUUUCGCGCGAAUUUCUGCACGUGCCACGCGAAGAUUGGAAUCGCCAUAUCAUUAUGUCCACGCCGGAAGCCGAAGCCGCCGGUUCACCUGGCCAGGAGGUCGAGUGCCAUCGUCUGCUGGCCAGUUCCAUCGAGCAGGUGGAUCAGCCCAAGUCGCCCGCCUUCUCGUAUGCCAGCACCACCCUAAGGUCCACCACUUCCGGUCACAGCAUCCGUACGAACAGCACCACCAUCUGCGAGUCACCGGGACUGGGAACCUCCUCCUCCUCCUCGGAAGAAGAAGAUGACCUUGACUGCUAUCUGCGGGGGGCGACGAACGACCUUGGGGAUGCCGGCCUGCGCUACUCCUUCAAGGGAUCACCGCCGGAGCUCUACUCGCCCAGGAAGGACUUCAUUUCAAAGGGACCGCUGCUGGACAGACAGGUCGUGCUGAAGAAGAGGUGUGAAUGGUGGUUCUACAGGUACGAGUGCAGCCAAAAGAUGUCCACCCACUGGAGGCAGCACGCCUGUCUGUAUGCCUGCGGCAUCGCCUUCCUGCUCUUCAUGUGCAUCAUGUUCUUCCACGGCAUGCCGAGUGGCUAUAAAGUGCGAGAGGAGGUGGAUCUGCCCCUGGGCAACCACUCGCUCAAGGAGCAGCAUUUAGCCAAAGUCAUCAGCAUACCUCCUCCAGCCCCAGCAGAAACAUUUAAUACAGAAAAGUUUGGCAGCGACACUUUGGCGGAGCCAAACCCUCCCGACGGCCUCGAGGAUCUGGAAGAGGAGGAGCACAGCGCCUUCGUGACGCCCACCAAGGUCUACAACUACAGUCUCAGCGAAGGCGAUCUGAUCUACGAGUCGAAACGAAACAGCGAUAUCAACAGCUUUCUGAAAGAGUCUGCAUCGGCCUUCAGCAUGACGGGAACGUAUCGCAACCUGAGCAAUGAGAUCUGGGACCCGCAUCCGCAGUACAACCUGAAUGUGUUUGGUCGCCAGUUGCAUUUGGUGCUGCGACAGGACUCGUCCUUCAUCCGCAACCACUCGAUGCCCCGCAUUCGGAUCCUGGAGGAGGGGCAGGAGAGGCAGGAGGGGGAGCCAGAGGAGGAGCAGGACCAACGGCACCUGGGCUGUCUGUACUCCGGCUACGUCGAGGACGAUCCCCACUCCAUGGUGUCCGUCUCGCUCUGCGGCGGAAUGACUGGUUAUAUCAAAACCAGUUUCGGCGCGCUGCUCAUUGAGCCGGUGAACCGGACCAGCAGCGAUGAGGUUUUGCACCGGGUCUAUAGGAAGUCGCACCGCAACGCCAGACAGGCUGUCUCCCAGUUCGAACUGGGCCUGGAUGCCAUGGUUAGCCAGCUGGAGAAGGCGCAGAAGGCCAAGUCCCCGAAUUUAAAGCGACGAAAGCGCCACUACAACGACGAGGACAACCAGGUGUACACCUUGGAGGUCCUCAUAGCCGUGGACACCAGCAUGGAGCGAUUCCAUGGCCCCGAUCUGCAGUCCUACAUCUUCAUCCUCAUGUCGAUCGUGGCCAGCAUCUUUGCGGACGCCAGCAUCGGCAACUCCAUACGCAUAUCGCUCGUCAAACUGAUCAGCCUGCCCAAUUUCAAUCCCCAAACCAAGUCCAGCAACGAAAUGCUGAAACACUUUUGCAAUUACAUCAACAAAUCUAACUACGGCAGGGACACGGCCAUGCUGAUAACGCGAGAACCUAUCUGUGGCAACACACCGGGCAGCACCUGCCACAUGCUGGGCCUGGCCGAACUGGGCACGGUUUGUACUCCAAGUUCCUGCUCCCUCGUCCAGGACACCGGACUGCCCACCGCUUUUACCAUGGCCCACGAGCUGGGGCAUAUCUUAAACAUGCACCACGACGACGACGACAAGUGCAUUCCCUAUGUGGCCAGGCGCAACAACAGCAAGGUGCUUCACAUCAUGUCCAGCGUGAUGGGCAUCAACAUGCACCCUUGGUCGUGGUCCAAGUGCUCCCGCCACUAUGUCUCCGAGUUUCUCGAGAAAACCGACAAGUCCUGCCUGGAGACCUUCGUGGGCAGGGACAUUGACUACAGCAAAAAGCAGCUGCCCGGUGAGAUCUACUCGCUGGACCAGCAGUGCCAGCUGAGCUUCGGCAACGGCUUCUCCUACUGCCCCUCGGGCGAGGAGUGCCGUCGGCUGUGGUGUAACCGGACGUGGGGCAAGACGGACGACCAGUGCCGCUCCAGCAAUUUGCCCUGGGCAGAUGGCACGCCCUGCGGCAGCGGUGGCCGCUGGUGCCAGCGGGGCAAGUGUGUGUCCAACAAGGAUGGCUAUGAGCAGCAGGUGAACGGCGGCUGGGGACCCUGGACACCGUUCACUCCCUGCAGUUUGACUUGCGGCGGCGGAGUGCAGGAGUCGUGGCGGGAGUGCAGUCAUCCUGCGCCAAAGAACGGCGGGAAGUACUGUACCGGAAGCCGAAAGAAGUACCGCUCCUGCAACACCCAUCCGUGUCCGCCGGGCAGCAUGGACGCCCGCGAACAGCAGUGCUACUCGAUGAACGGACGCGACCUGAACAUUCCGGGCGUCAACCCAGACACCAAGUGGGUGCCCAAAUACGAAAAGGAUGCCUGCAAGCUCUUCUGUCGCAUGGACAUGAGGGUCACCUACUUUAUGCUCAAGAACACGGUAACCGACGGCACCUCCUGUGCGGUGGACAGCUUCGACAAGUGCGUCAAUGGAAUUUGCCGACCGGCGGGUUGCGACAACGAGCUGAACUCGAUUGCCAAGUUGGACAAGUGCGGCGUGUGCGAGGGCCGCAAUGACACAUGCCACGAGGUAACCGGAAAUCUGCGAGUAUCCAAUCUCCUGGGGCUUAACGAUGGGAAUGACCCGAAAAAGACACUCUACUAUGUGACGAGAAUACCAAAAGGUGCCUCCAAUAUUAUGAUCACCCAGACUAGCUAUCCCCACCAGAACUACAUAGUGCUGAGCGAUGACAAGGACAAAAACCUUCUUAACGGUGAGCCAGGCAUUAAGACAUAUCCCCUGAAGUUCGUCUAUGCUGGUGUUACGAUGCAGUACUCCGGCGCCAGCAGUGAGGUGGAGCAGGUGAACACGACCUACUCAUGGAAAUUGUCACGUGAUCUAAUAGUACAGAUCAUUUCCCUUGACGUGAGUACGGACAAGAGUCACGACGCCAUACUGAUGUCCUACUCCUACACCAUCGACAAGGCACCGGAUCACGAUACGGUGGAGAUCUAUCGCUGGGAAAUGCAGGCGCCCAGCAACUGUGAUUCGCUCUGCGAGGGCAGAAGCCAUCGGCAGCCGGCCUGCAUUAGUAUCACCGAGGGUCUGAAGGUAGCCCCGCAGUUCUGUGACAAGUCCGCUAAGCCCAAAGUCGAAGAACGACCCUGUAACACCGACUGCCGCCUCAAUCUCACUGUGACGAGCAUUUCAGAGUGCUCGGCCGCCUGUGGAGAGCUGGGCACCCGCGAGAAGACCUUUUCCUGCGUUCAGACAUUCACAAAUAUGCAGCGUUCGAAUAUUGUGGACAUGUCCUAUUGCAAGCUGAAGUUCGAUGUGGCCUAUCACGAGGAGUGUCGCGAGGGCUGCUGGGUUCUAUCGGAUUGGUCAACGUGCUCCAAGACCUGUGGCACCGGUUCUCAGCAACGUAAGGUUGAGUGCCAGCUGCAGGGUUUCCCUAUAAGCGAAGAUGUGUGUAAUCCCCGAACCAAGCCGCAAGUGAAUGCUCUCAUCAGGGUCUGCAACACAGAGUCCUGCCCCACAUAUACCGAAUCACCUAAUGCCGUGGCAGUUAGUAACUGGGUGAUUGGAGAGUGGGGCGAGUGCAAUGACUGGUGUGAGAAAAAGCGAUCUGUGAGUUGUUCAAAUCCCUAUGGCAUCGGCUGUGGGAACAGGAAGCCCAAGGACGUCCGCAAGUGCUGCCACAUCAAGUACACCAGCGAUUGGACAGAGUGUUCGGUGCAAUGUGGCGAGGGCGUCAAGAGGAAGAAGCAGACCUGCACGCGGGUCUACAAACCAGAUGUGCCUGGCACUCGCAAGCGUCGGGUUUACAUCGAUGAAUCCUUCUGCUUGAGCCGCAAGGUGCAUCGUCCCAAGCUGCGCACCACCACCAAGUCCUGUCGCAUCAACUGCAAGUGGAAUGCCUCGGACUGGAGGAGGUGUUCGGCAGACUGUUCGGAAGAGUACCAGACGAGGGAUGUGCGAUGCGAAACGUGGCAGGGUGAUGGCGUGGAGGACAAGCAUUGUGAUGUCAAGAAGCGUCCUUCAAAGAAACGCAUCUGCAGCCACUGCGUGCGCCGGCAGUCAAAGGUCGUGACACAGUGCAACUGCGAAGGCGUUGAGAGAAGGCGGGACAUGUGCUACUCGCGCAAGGGUCGCAUCCAAUGUCCCAGUCGCACCAAAGUGGAGAGGCACCGCUGCACUCCACCGGCCCACUGCCGCAGGAGAAGCGCCAUUGGGAGCAGCAUCAGCAGCAGACCCAGGAGCAGUAGUGCCAUUACCACCACUGGAAUCAGUAACAGCAGGAGCUUGAAUACCAUUACCAACUCAAGGCACCAGGGAGGAAGAGCCAGGAGCUGCUUAGAACUAAGGGAGAUGUACGGCUAUAAUCAGGACGGAAACUAUCAGCUGGAGGUGCGUUCGCGUAUGGUGAACGUCUACUGCCACCAGAUGGCCAGUAGGACGCCCAGCGAGUAUGUGAACGUGGAUCCGCAGGAGAACUACUCCAUCUUCUACGAGUACAGGACGAAGCAAACGACCAGUUGUCCGCCGGAGUCGCGGGCCCACGAGUAUUACAACGACCAGAACUCCGGAAGGACGCACUUUAGCAAGCUGCGACUGAAUAUCACCGAUCUGCGGAUCGUGGACAAUGACUUUCAGUUCGCCGAGACGCGCGGAUUGCCCCAGAAGCUGGGAUCAGCGGGCGAUUGCUACAACCGCAUCGGUCAGUGUCCGCAGGGCGACUUCUCCAUCAACAUGAAGAGCACCGACUUCACCAUUCGACCGGGCACCGUGUGGAAGACGCACGGUCAAUACUCGGUCAUGAAGCGUAUCAGUGAGUUCGAUACCACAUCGGUGAUGCGGAGGGGAUUCUGCGGAGGUUACUGCGGCGGUUGCUACAUUGCGCCCAAUUCGGGUCUCUACCUGGACGUAUUAUGACUGCAGCCACUGAUUAGUCAACGGGAAAGUUUGUUUGACCUUCCCACGGUAAUCGGGUCUACGUCCCGGGAAGGACCAAGGGUCAAGUUAAUCCAGCAUUCGAGGGUUACCCCAGCCAAGCAUUACCAUUACCAAGAGCCGAGUGCAGCGCAAUAACCACUGUCGAUGGUUGAAAGUAUUCUCGAAUAUUAGUUAGGAUAGACAUAUGAAAAACCUUAGGAAUCGCGUCGAAGAAGCCCGAACAAAAACGCAAAUCGCAAAAAAAAAAAAACGUCUGUACAUAUUAUAUAUUUCACCCGAAAUUAGUAACUAGAUAUUAUUGCCAUGUAAUGUAUUAAGUAUUGUAAAUACUAGUGGACAAGAGCCUUUAAUAUAGCGAAUGGGGAGUUACGUCUGUGUACUAUAUCAUCACCCAGGGGCGGGGGUAAGCGAUGAUGACGUAGGACACGGACAGCUCCCAAGUUUGAUUGACCAAAAUACAAUCCAUAAGUCGGACGGUAGCCGUUAGGUAAUUAAGGCCGCUCAGAUAAACCCGUAUUUAUGCCAACGAUAUACAGUGAUGGAAGGUACUUGUUAACUUUAUCUAGUUAAACUCUAGAAAUGCAUUUUUAACUAUUAUUGCAUGAAAAAAUUCAAAUUGGGCCUAUUUUUAGGCCGCCAAAAAAAUAUAUACAGUCUUUAAGUUAACAUAACUUUCCUUCUACCCUUACUCUUAUUCCCAUAACUUUAUAUUUACCUUUUCCAUCACUGACGAUUUCCGAAUAUCAAGAGCUCGACUAAACUAGUGCAAUGCCGGUCUGUACAAUAAUUGUAUUAGCUAAGCUUCGCAAUAAAUUAGUUAAGAGAGAGAGAGAGAAGAGGAGGAGAAAUUGUAUGUGUAACUAAAACGAAUACUCAUAUUAUUUAGGAUACCCCGACCACAAGCACAAGCCAAAACCAAACUAUUCAUCUAAUUAACACUGCUGAAGAGAAACAUUUUGAAACAUAGAAUAACAAUCACUGCCAGCCCUUAAAUGUUCAAUCCAUCAUAUCCCCACAACCAAUCGCCUAAGUCCCGGUACCAAGUAUCCUCGCUGUAUUUUCAUUUAACUUUAACUUUAACGACGUAGCUAGUCUAAGGCAAAACACCAUGUUAACAAAGUAAUUUAAUGUGAAUUAAAGGAAUUUAAAGCUGUUACCAA